AUGGCAGAAUACUUGGCCUCGAUUUAUGGCACUGAGAAAGACAAAGUAAACUGUUCUUUUUACUUCAAAAUUGGAGCUUGCCGUCAUGGUGAUCGCUGUAGUCGAAAACACGUUAAACCAACCUUCUCUCAAACCAUACUCUGCUCAAACAUUUAUCAAAACCCAGCACAUGAUACUAACUGCACAAUGACUGAAGAUGAAAUCCAAUCACAUUUUGAUGACUUUUACGAAGACUUUUUUACUGAGCUAUGCAAAUACGGCGAAGUUGAAGAGAUGCAUGUAUGUGAUAACGUCGGUGAUCACUUAAUUGGAAAUGUUUAUGCGCGAUUUCGGUACGAAGAAGAUGCUCAGAGAGCUGUUGACAAUUUAAACCAAAGAUUUUAUGCUGGCAGACCAAUCUAUGCCGAACUAUCGCCUGUUACAGAUUUUCGUGAGGCAUGUUGUCGGCAAAAUGAGAAUGCCGAAUGUACGCGUGGUGGCUUCUGUAAUUUUAUGCACUUGAAGGAAGUCUCGCGUCGUUUGAAAAAGGAAUUAUUUGCCGCACAACGCGUUUAUUUACGAGAGCAACGACGUUCUAAACGUGAUCGAAGCGAAGAGAAAAACCGAAGAGGAUCUAGAAGAAGUCGUCGUGAUGAUAGAAGAGAUAGCUAUAAUGAUGAUUAUCGAUAUGAACAUUAA